AUGAUGCUCAGCCCGGACCAAGCGGCCGACUCCGACCACCCCUCCUCGGCGCCCUCCGACCCCGAGUCCUUGGGGGGCGCGGACCCUCGGGCGCUGGGCUGCUGCGCCUCCGACCCGGAGCCGGCCGAGGGCGGCGGGGGCGGCGGCGGCGGGGGCGGCGGGGAGGGUCGUGCCGGGGGCCGGCCGGGGCUGCACCCGCCGCCGCUCAGCCGGGAGGAGAAGCGCCGCCGUCGGCGGGCCACGGCCAAGUACCGCUCGGCCCACGCCACGCGGGAGAGGAUCCGCGUGGAGGCCUUCAACCUGGCCUUCGCCGAGCUGCGCAAGCUGCUGCCCACGCUGCCCCCCGACAAGAAGCUCUCCAAGAUCGAGAUCCUGCGCCUGGCCAUCUGCUAUAUCUCCUAUCUCAACCACGUCCUGGACGUGUAG